UACCAUAGGGUUCGGCUGCCAACGUAGCAUCAAAGGUGUCCUUCACUUCUGGGGUUUGAUAACUCAAAGUCUCAUCUGAGGUUCUCUUCUGUAGCUUCUUCCUUUUCACGGUGGGCUAGCCUUCCUAUCAUGGCGGGGUCAGCAGGCACAAGUUCGGUGAAGCCGGAGUACCAGCACUUCGUUCCUCAGUUCAUCCUGAGGAACUUCGCUCACAAAUACACUGGGCCCCAACGCUCCAAAAAAGGGAAGAAGAAAAAGGGCGAUAACAUGUUCCGCGGCGAGCUUGUUGUCAAUACUGUCAACCUGGGAGCCGAUCCUUUCGACAUCGAAGAGGCAAAGGUUAAGCGUGUUCUCGGGCAAUAUGAUAUGUAUCAAGAUACGACCCUACACGAGGCACAACGACGAGAGAUUGAGACGAUGCUUGGCAAGUUGGAAGCCCACGUUAGUACUAUCUUCCGCAAGAUAACCAAGGCAUUUGACUCCGGGGAGCCAAAUGUAUGGGUUACCCGCGGAGAGCGGAAUUCGAUCCGCAAAUUCCUCUUCAUCCUCAAGUAUCGUGGAUCAGGCUUCCAUCGGCGUUUCAACUACGAAAGCUCUGAUCAAUAUGACUAUAAUGACAAGGAACUCCUACAGAAGUAUAUGGAAGAGAAGGGCUUCAAGCGACCCAUUGAUGUCUGGUUCCAGGGUCUCAAAACGAUCAUAAACCUAAAGAUGGACGCAGAUGGUUGGGAAAAGGAGCUCGCCGACAACAUGUACCUUGAAGAUGCAAAGUGGUUCCUAAUGCACACGCAAAUGAUGUACAUGGCUAUCUUGGCACCAGAAGAUCUAGGAGCCGAAUUCAUACUCACAGACAACAGCUACAAUAUAUACGAGGGGCCGUCCACUGUCGAAAUGAAUCCCCUCACGGGAGUGGCUACCGAGACCAAAUGGACCAAUCUUCAUGAGUUUGCCCCUUUAUCCCCGAAGUUGAUGAUCGUACUGCGCAGCUUGGUCCUUCCUAUACCAGAAGAGGACAGCGAUCCAAAGCUACGGGCGUGGAGGGAAGAAACGCGCAAGAUGGCUGGUGUUGACCGCUACUCGUCGACUCUAGCUGACCUGCCCAUAAGUAAGCCGCGCAACUCCUACAGCGAAGUAGUAAACGGCCAGGUACGGCUUCGGGCAGGCGAAGACGGAGCCAGACGAAAAACGGACAAGUUUUGCUUCCAAUUUUUCUCCGUCGGCGUAGAGCACGUACACAAGAUCAAUCACAUUCUAUUUGACAAUGCAUACUCAUGCACAAACAUCGUCUUUUACUCCGAAGACUCAUUCUCGAAUACUUUGGAGUGGUACAUGACUAACACAGACACACUCUCUAAGGCGGCGGGGAUAAAUUCAGCGGAACAGCGGCGCAGGUUUCUCGUGAAUCUCGCUACGUUGAUGAGGCGUCUAGGAUCAACAAAGGAGCCUGUAUGGGCAGAAAACACAGCUAAAGUCUUGUCCGACUUUGAGAAAAUGAAGGGACUACAGCGCUCGCUACAAAGUGGGUUAUUAGAUUGGCUUCACAAUGCCGAGCAGAAACCCGAGACAAGCUCCGAGCUUCCACAAGGGCCAAAUUCCACCUAUUUCUCUAUUGGCGGUACCCGCGAGACACUUCUAGAAGAUAUGAACCUCGUCAAAGAUAUGUGGCGACGACGAGUCGACGUAGAUGUCGAAUCGCGCGGCCAGCCAGAACCGAUUCGAAACCGAAACCGCGAACGACUCGUUGAAGAGUUUAUGACGUACCCUUCGAGGAGAGUAUUAUUCUAUUCAGGGCUGGUGCGAGAGAACGUUUUGAUGCACCAUGAUGACGGGUAUAUGCAGAGGCGAUUGGACGAUAUUCUGCAACGGCAAAGACCUCCAGAAUAUAUAAUUGCUAAAGCCCUCCACGGCCGGAUGUCCAUGAACAAGCUGAAUUGGCUCAUCUACAGAACGGCAAUGAACGAUAUCGAGAGGGAAAAAGAACAGUUUCCCGAGGACGAGCUUUGGGAAACACCCCUUCCUAGCAUUGAAGGGGCUUUCCGACUUGCACUGAUCGGCAAGAUAGUAUUCCUCCUCCCUGGACUGCUUAAAAACUGUGGAAUACCCGAGAUCGAGAGACUAGCCGCAGCCCAGGAAGAAGAGAUUCAGCAUCACGAUCUCAAGAGAAUAAGGGGGUUGCCGUAUCGCUUCAUUCCCGACGAUCAGAAGAUCGAGCUUCUGACGAGGAUCAUGGUCAGGCCGCUGUUUCGAGAAGUCCUCGCUGAUAAAGUAGAAGCUAGCUUGCUGCCGAGAUUGGAGGAUGUCUUUUUCAGGAUAUCGUUCCCUACUCCGCCUAUCUGACUGCCCUGAUUAUGGCGAUCUUCGUGGAAUAUAGGGGAAUGGGCUAUCUAAGGUAGGAUCUCAGCGAGUUAUUUGUGUAAUUGAGAUAUGUUUUUGUCAUAUCACGAUCCAAGA